GGCUUGACACUUAUUUAAAUUAUAAUUGCUUUUCAAUAAAAAAAAAUUGCAGGUAACCAUAAAUAUCGAAUUAAUAGAUCAUGCGAGACUCGAGACGCUUGCCGCGUUGGUGGUCCGGCGGCGUCUGCUCGGCGAUCGCAGUGACCACCACCCACCCGCUGGACCUGAUCAAGGUGCAGCUGCAGACGCAGCUGGUGAAGGAAAAGAAGUCUGUGGGCGAGAUCAUCAAAAACAUCUACAGUCAGAAUGGCCUGCUGGGCUUUUACAAUGGCAUAUCGGCCUCCUGGUUCCGCCAGCUCACCUACACCACCACUCGUUUUGCCCUGUACGAAUCUGGCAAGGCUUAUGUCGACGCCGAAAGCUUGAGUGGCAAGAUGGGCCUUGCCGCCUUGGCCGGAGUUAUCGGCGGCAUUGUGGGCGUUCCUGGGGACGUGGUCACUGUGCGACUGCAGAACGACAGCAAGUUGCCGCCCGAGAGCAGGCGUAACUACAAGCACGUCUUUGAUGGCCUCUUCCGCAUUUACAAAGAGGAGGGCGUUUCCAGUCUGUUCCGCGGCGCAGUGCCAGCCGUUUCGAGGUCCGUCCUGCUGACCAUCGGGACAAAUGCCGCCUACGACCAGGUGAAGCAGAUGCUGAAGACCGCGACAGGAGCGGCCGAUGGCGUCCCUCUGCACUUUGGCACCUCCACGAUAGCCGGUUGCAUCGCCACGGUGAUGACGCAGCCACUGGAUGUGCUCAAGACCACCUUUAUGAACGCCAAGCCGGGGGAGUUCUCCGGGAUCGGGGCGGCCUUCAUCAGCAUCGCCAGGCAGGGACCCCUGGCCUUCUAUCGCGGCUUCAUUCCGGCCCUGAUCCGGGUCAGUCCCAACACCAUCAUCACCUUUAUUUUGUACGAGCAGGCGCGACUGCGCUUCGGGUAUCUGCGACCGGAUGACGAGUGAUGCCCCCAAUGCCGGAAACAUCCUGGAAUCAUUUUGGUUUCGUAUUGUGAACAGUUUGAGUAUUUUAAAAAUCCAUUGAACUGGAUAUAAUCCGGACCCAAUAAGCUGCCACUGUGCUCGUUAGAUCGCGUACCGCGGACCGCUGACCGCUGGUCAGCCAGUUUAUAACGGGGGUCAACGGUUCAUAAAAUUUGCAUAAGCAUAUGAAUAUCUGAACUAACUAAGCACGUGAACGGCCAGUCCGCGGCGGUUAGUUAAGCCGGCUGCACAUUCGCCGCAUGUAAUUAGGAAGCGGGUUUAGCAAGGUGCUGGGGGUCGCAACCCCGAACACCAGAUACUGAACCCGGAACCCGAAACCGCACAAUAAACGGGAAAUUUUCGAGAAAAACAGGAAAGCGGGUUACGCAAGGAUCUUGUAAGCGCUCCAGAAACAAAAGCCUCGAAAGGGAAACUAUAUCAUAAAGGUAGCAGGGUUAAAAUAUUAUAAUAUGCGAUGUAAUUUAGUUUAGUUUAGGGUGCUUUUGUAUUCUAAAUGUAUCUGAAAAUGUACUACUACUUAAACUCAA